GACCGCCAUUUACGAAAAUGCCACAACGGCGACAGGAGCAAGCGCCGCCGCCGAACCAUCGCAAGCCUCUUCAUGCAGUUGGUUGUAACGCACGCGGUCCCGUCGUUGGACCAUCCCGCUUGCCGCCGACGAUGUCUCGACCGAACCAAGCAACGGCGCCCCGAGGUGUCGGCGAACAAAGCAUCAUGAAGCGGCGUCAUCGUGAAGAUGCACUUUCCACAUACACUGGUAUCGUGAAAGACCUGUCGCACAUGAACGCUCGCGCGGACUGGGAAACGAAACUCCAUGAAAAGGCGGGUGUCCGAGAAACGUUGACCGUGCUCAAGACGCUAAAGAACCAGGACGAGUCCAACUUGGCAUCCCGUCGACUCAAACUGGCGUCUCUCAUGAACGCAGAGUUGGAGACGUGGAAGCAAAUGUGUCUGCACAACGUUGAGACCCCCGAGGAGCGCAAGCAGAAGAUGAUAGCUCGUGCGACCGAGCUGAAGACUCGACGCGAGGCCGCGCGGAAAAACUUUGUCGAAGCGAAGCGCCAACAGCAGUAUCGCGAGAGCUGCGACGACAAUCGCACGCUCGAGUCGGCGUUUAUCUUGUCGCAAGUCGUGCAAGAUCGCGAGAAGCAACUAGAAGAGCGGCGGCGUCUCCAGGAAGAAGAAAAAGCGUACGAAGCGAGCAUGGCCGAGUUGUGGGCGCUGGACAAGGCAAAGAAGGAUGCACGGGACAAAGCGGACCUCGAUCGGAUCGUGGCCAACAACCAUGAAGUCAAGACGAUUCUGGACGCCCAGGUGUCCCUCUUUCACGCGCGACAGGCAGAAGAGGCGGCGAUCAAGGAACAGGAGGAUAAAGAUCUCCUGGCAACCUGGAAGGUCCACGAGCAGAUUGAAAACGAGCUCGACAUGGAAAUCAAGCGCAAGGCCGUUGCGCGCGCCAUGGACGUGAAGAAAUUCAACCAGACUCGAAGUGACCUGUCGGAGCGCGAGGCACGCCGCGAGCGCGAGUACGACUCGCAGCUCCUGCAGCUCGCAUUGCGCCAAGAAGCAGAGGCCGAGGCGAGGGAGCGCGACCUCCAGGAAAAAUUCAAGCGCGACCAGUUGGAGUAUCAAGCGAUGCUGCGAAAGCAAAUGGCGACCGAAGCCGAAGACUUGAGCUACUUGGACGCGAUUCGAAAAAAGAUGGAGGACGAAGUAUGGGCGAAGCGAGAUGCUGAGCACCGCGCCGAGGACGAAGCCCGCGAAGAGCUUCUCGCGCAGGUUCUGCAUUCUCGCCGGGACCAGAUGGAGCGCAAGGAGCAUCAGAAGGUGGCGGACGCGGCAGCUGACGCGGCGUACAUGGCGCGGAUGCAACAAGAGUCGGACGAAGCAUUGCAAAAAGAACUUGCCGAACAAGAGAAGCGCAGGCUCGACGCCAAGCGAAACCAGGUCGAAGUCGUUGCGCAGCACCAGCAGGCCAAACUCCAGCAAGAAAAGCUGAAACAAGCCGACUUUCUCGAGAUGAAGCGCAUGGCACUCACGGAGAAGCAGCACAAGCAGAAACUCGCGCAGCUUGCGUCGCAGCAACCUGUGCUGAACUACCGAAGGAAGACGUCCGAGUGGUACUUUGACACGUAGUCGUUUGCAGCAUCGCGCGCCCGUCCUUAGUGCUAGCCAUUUUGCUUAAUGCUAGCCAUUUUGCAUCUACU